CAAAGAAGCCAAAUGGAGUGAAAGUGAGGAACACAAUUCUUUAUUGCAGGUCAUUUUGGGGACGAGUGAUGUUUUGCUUCAUUACAACACUUCCACUUGUGCAUGUCCUCCGAGAGGUGGAUUCCGAUGUUAGGCCCUCUAUGCCAUUACUUUAUGAGAUGAUGGAUAGUGCAAAAGAGAAAAUUGCAGAUGCAUGUGGUGGAAUUGAAAGAAAAUACAUGCCUUAUUGGAAACUAGUUGAUAAGAGGUGGUCGGGAAUGAUGCAUCGUCCUAUUCAUGCUGCUGCUUACUAUCUUAAUCCUAAGUACUUUUACGGGGAUAAGUUUAGCAAGAACCCAGAGGUGAGGAAGGGACUUAUCGAGUGCAUGGCUCGCAUGAUCCCUAAUGUUGAUGAAAGAGCACAAGCCGACUAUGAGCUAGAUGCUUAUAAAGAGAGGUUAGGAGAGUUUGGAUCAGAGAUGGCUUUGAGGACCCUUGCUUUUCGUACUCCAGCCUAUUGGUGGGAGAGAUUUGGUGAUGAGACUCCUUCAUUACAGCGAUUUGCAGUUCGUAUUCUUUCUCUCACUACUAGUUCAUCUGGAUGUGAACGCAACUGGAGUACUUUUGAGCAAGUUCACUCUAAGAAGAGAUGUCGUCUAGAGCAGGAGCGCCUCAACUCUCUUGUUUAUGUCAUGUAUAACAUCAAGUUAAGGGAGAGAAAUAUGAGGAGGAAGGCGCGGAAGUUAGAUCCAAUUCUAUUGGAGGAGGCUUCUACCGAUGACGAGUGGAUCGUGGAGGAGGAGGAUCCUUGUCUUCCAUGA